GUUACAUUGAUAGACAAAAGUUAAUAAAUAUCAAAGUGAAAUUUACAAUGCUUCGUAAGAAGCUCAAAUUGGCCGAUGAUCCGGAAUUGGAACUAGCUGUUCCUCAGUCAGAAUUCUCAUUAAGUUCAUUCACCAAUCAACCGAAGCCUCAAUUAUGGUCCGCAUGUUCAUCAACUCCGCAUCCUCAAAUUUCACAUCAUCCUAUUAGUGCCGAUGACGUAUUUCAACUUCAUGAUCCGGUACCGGAAACACAAUCGGCCGUAAAUAUCACCCAACCGCAAACCUGGGAAUCGGAGCAGCUUCCUCUGUGGAAACAAGUCCAUCAGCUAGAGCUGCAACUGUGCGAAGCUUUGUUGCAGAUCCCGUUGCCUUCCGAGGUCGCGGCCACAUACAAUCCGAUUGAGUAUGCAGCCGAGUUGCACUUGGCAUAUAUGCAGCGUUUCCUGACUGGCCACAAACCGGUGCUGUUCCUCGGAAUGAAUCCCGGCCCGUGGGGAAUGUGCCAAACUGGGGUGCCAUUUGGGUAUGUUCCGGCCGUUCGUGACUGGAUGCAGUUGCGUGGAGAAGUUUUCAAACCGAUAGGUGAACUGUCCGUACGCCCCGUGGACGGUUUGCAGUGUACUCGUGGCGAACAGAGUGGCCAACGCUGGUGGGGUUUGUUCCAGGACCUAUGCGGGGCUCCGGAAAAUUUCUUCAGAAAUUGCUUUGUAUACAACCUUUGCCCGUUGGCGUUCUUCCACACCAGCGGACGGAACAUCACGCCUGCCGAAUUGAAGGGAACAUCCAAAACUCGCAUGCAAGACGUCUGUUCCGAGUUCCUGCUAAAAGCGCUCCAUUUAUUUGGCCCCACAGUGAUCGUGUCCGUCGGUCGCUACUGCGAGGAUCGAGUCAAACUACUGGUCCGACAGAACCUACUGGAUCGCGACCGUGUCAAACUGCUUUGCAUACCACACCCGAGCCCACGCAGUCUGAACAAUACCAACUGGGCGGAAAAGGCUCGCCAGUGGCUUGUGGACAACGGAGUCAUGCCGUAUCUGGUGGAGUAA